GUUAUGCCACAAACAACAGGGAUUUUUCUCCUGGUAUUAUACAUUUAAAUGGUGCUCCAAUGUAAUUUUGAUUAUUAAGGACUGACAGGGAACAACAGAAUUACAGGCUUGGGUUUAAGGAUUUAUUUAUUUUUGUUUUCAUCUGCUUGACACUUGACACCACAUGGUUAUUCCAAUACGUGUACGGUCUCAAGCCAUCAUCCCAUGUUUCCAGCUCUGUCAUCUCUGACUGAUGCCACUGCUGUUUCAGUGUGUUUCUGAUUCAGAAGCCUCGUUGCUUUAGCCCCUCCGGGGCCCUUGAACAAAGUGGCAUUUACAUCUGCACUUUGUUAACUUUAAGGAAAGCCCAGCAAAAGCACUGUUGAAGAGAUUUUUUUUUGCUGCACAUAUGCAACUGAUGAGGAAUAGCUUCUUUCUGAAGCAUGAAAAAAUUAUCCACUAAAAAAUGCGAUAUAAUAGCAAAAGGAAAAGAAGGCAUUUUGAUCACCUUUUAGAAGGUGAACGACUUAAAUGCAAGACACCCAGUGUCAGCCAUCUGAAGACUGACAGGGACAACUGCGCCUAUGAGAGUGAGCGCUUGAAAUGAGCUCCCUGGAAAAGCGCCACACAGGCCAGCGGGAAAGCAUGCAGGGUCACCGCAAAUACUCAGAUGGCCCCAGGGACACAUCCAGCAGCGGCAGCUGUAUGGAUGACACAGACAGGGAGGUGGGCAAUCUCACUGAUCGUGCCUUCAGGAGCCUGUGCAUCGGAGAGGAGGCCAUUUACAAUGACUCAGAAUUCUCCUCAUCUCCUACUGAACGACAGAAGGCAUUUUCAGAGGAAACCCAGCAAAAGAAAAUCUCCCAUGAAGCAUUGUCAUACAGCAUUCAGCAAUAUGGGGAAGCAGAAGCACAGUCAGAGAUGGCCUCGACAUUCCAGCAUUCCUAUGUGGAUGUAACCCAUCAGGAAAAGGCUUUCAGAGAGGGAAACUUGUCUCAUAUGAACAAUGGCUCCAAGGAGGUGACAUGGCAGCAAAGCAGGAGCACAUCCAGAGUGUCAUCUCUAAUCAAAGCCUUUAGUUCAGGGGAGUGUUACCAUGACAGCGGGACAUGUGACGUUAUUGUGGCAAGGGAUAGGUAUAGAGACUUUGGCAGGGAAUCAUGGGACAAAUCAGCUAUGCUAAGCAUCCAAAGCGAUCUCUCUGCAGGAUAUCAUCAGAAUUUUAAGUCGGGCCCCUUUCAGUCUUACAGAAACCAUUUUUACACAUCCGGCGUGGCUGCCACAGUGGCACAGAUGGACACAACAGUCCUGAUGAAAUCUUUGAAAAGUAAGUUCAAGGCACUGAAUUCUAAAAACAGUUUUUUCCAUAGUGAAUUUAGUCCCUUUCAGCUUUGGGAAGAGUACAACAGGUUCUCCUUCCAAAGUACACAUGUAACGGGGUUUAUGCCACCUAGAGAAUUCCCACGGUGGUAUGAUUCUCCUAUGUACAAAGAGCUGAAAGACAACCACAGAAUUCCAAACUCUCCGUGUGAAAGUAGGGGCUUCAAUCAGAGACAAAUUCAGAAUGUUGUGGCCAGCCAGAGCUCCAUGUCCACAGUUGUCCAGAAAACCUCCGCAAUUGAGAAGAGGUGUGAAUCUGAAAUGGCUUCCAACUAUCCACCUUGGAAGAAAAACAAUAACUUAAUAAGGAACAAACUUCCAUGCAACCGGCCCUCUACAGUUUCACCUACUAAUGAGAGAACAUGUAGGCCGGAUUCAAAUUUGUUUAGAAAUAACAAAGUUACACAUGAGAUAGUGGUCGAGAGCAACCUGCCUAGCAGUGUGACGCCGUUCAACAUUACUCAGCUCCUUACACCAGUAAUUCACACAAGACAAGAAACAGAGACGUCUGAGAUCCUGCAGUUUACACAAACUCCUUAUGCUUCUGACUAUUCUUCUCAGAGUGAAAUUGACCCUAAUAUUCAGACUGAUGUCAAACAUCUGCGUGACAGCUACAAAUUCAAAGCUUCAAGUCUGCUAUUCAACCUCAAAGAUAACCGAAAAAGAGUCAAGAGUACGUACAGUCCCACUAAAUUUAAAGGGAUAGAAAUAACAGAUCAAAAUAAGCUCAUCUCAAAGCUGGAGGGCAGAGAAUCCCAAUAUUCAGAUAUUUUAGUAUCCCAAGAAACUGCUCAGGAGAAUCGGAUUGGAAAUGAUGCACGGGCCUCAUGUAACCUAAUUCAAGAGCCCAGUGCAGCUUCUAUCACCCCUAAAGAUUAUACAUAUGGCUUUGGAUCAAAUGAUAAUUUGACAUUAACUUCAACUCAAAUUCAGGACAGAGUCACUAAUUACAAAUUGUUCUGUGGAACUUCAGAGGGUCACUCUCCCAGUACAGAUCCGCUGUCUAACAUAGAGAUCUCAACACGCUAUCUUUCAGCUCAGGAUAAAAGCUCUCUGACGUCAGAAGGUCAAUUAAAAGACCUCAAUAAUUUUAUUCCUGAUAGGACAAAAAUAGCCAAUGUGCUUCCAAGGGCUUACCCACCGACACAUUCUCUGGCUGCUCAGACAUCAGAGCGAUACGCAAGUCAAAAUGAUCUAAAACAAAGAAAGGACUUUGGAAGAAAAACAUUUAUUGAACACAGUCAAAAUGAGGCUGUUAAAGAAAAAUGUUCAUGGGACCAGACUGGUUCAGUCAAGGAAACAUCCAGCAGAUCUGAAUCACAGCCAUUUAGAGGAGAAAUAGCAGCACUGAUUGAAAUGGACAAACAGAGAAAGGCCACCGCUAAGCAAUAUUUUGCCAAUGACAGCUAUUCUGUCCGAAAGGAAACGUACAUGCAAAAAGUGAAUGAAGACAUUAAACUAGGUCGACUCGCAAAGAAGGAAGAGAAAGAGGUCAGGGAUGAUACAAUAUCACCCAGGAAAACAUCUUACAGUGAAAAAGCUAUACAUGACAACCAAUUAAGCACAUUUUCAAAGCCUAUUGAAUCAUACAGAAUACCAAAAAACAGUCUCCAAACCAAAACAUCUCCUCUAACAGACGUUUAUGGUGGUUUACAAAGCUUCAGUGUCAAAAAUGAUUUUGUUAAAGGAGUACCAGCGCAAAAUUCUUCUUUUAACACCAUGGUGACACAAAAUACAUUUGAUCAGAGAGCUCAUGACUUAAAUAAAGGUCAAAAGAAUGAAGGAUUGUACUCUUAUCAGCCAUACAGAUAUGAGCCUAACAAACAGUGGCACAUGUCAUUAACAAGCGAAGACGGACACACUAAGGAAAGAGUAUGGACACAGAAACAAUCAAAUCCUGCUUUGCAAGAUAAAAAUUUGGUCAUCCCAAACACUGAUACCUCACAUCAAAAUAAUAUAAGUUUACCAACUAAACAAGAGAACAGGUUCAGCAUAAAUGAUAUUCUUUCCAUUAGAGAUAAUGAGCACGCAAGGAGGUUAAAAGAUAAUACAUUUGUUUUGGCUAAAUCUGAAAACCCACUAAAUCCAAUUAAAUAUGAAACAGCUGAAAAACUAACCGUAACAGAGCCUGUAAAAGAGCAACAAGGCUACAAAGUGCAGGACAUUACCAGUCCAUCACCUGGGUAUGUAAGAAAGGAUUUUCAAAAUACAAAUGAAACAAAAGACAGUACAAUGAGUAAAGAUACUGACAAGGUCACACCAAGAGUGCUUUCUUACAAGGAAAGAAGCCAAAGUAAACAAGAAAUACUGACUUCGAAAUUGAAAGCACAUGCUCAAAAGGAAAUAUCAGCUAUUAAAGAAAAGGGACUUGCCAAACAAGGCAUUCUUGUGAGAAAUGCAACAAAAACAAGAGGGACUAUCAAUAAUGAUGGCCAAGAAGAUCAUUCUGUAAAGAAGGAAAUCACAGCAGACAAGCUGAAUCAUUUGUUUCAAGAUAUCACUUAUUCCAGUGUAACCCAGUACAAAGAACAAAUUAAAUUGCACAGUGACCAUCCCAAGAAUAGAUCUCCACCAUCAACAGAAAUACCACCUCUUCAUUUUGAAGAUAAUCAGAAUGCUGUCUCAGAAAAGGAUGAAAAUAUAAAAAACAAACCUUUAACUAUAGUAAGGCAGAAUGACAAACAUCCAGUAGAUGAAAAUGAGAUCAAAGAAACGUCUAAUCAGUACAGAAAGGCAACAGUGGCAAAUAUGAAAAAUAAUGUCCAUAAAAACUACCAGACAUCCAGAAUCUCAGAAGACAAACAAAACAGUAUGACAAGCUCAGAGCAUAUAAACACUAAUAAGGAAUUGGUGAAGCAAAGUCAUGAAAUAUCACCAGAGAAAACGAUGUCAGGUCAUUUUACAUCCUUAGUCAAGACUUACAGAGACAACAACACUUCCCAUAAUCCACCUGCACAGCAUAAUGACAAACAAACAGUUCAGCAUGAUCGGAAAGAAAAUCUGUAUGGAAGUAGCCAGAGUCCGUAUACUUCCACUGAAAAAGCUGUGACUAAACCUGCUGAUAUAAUCAAAGAAGAAGGACAUGUUACAAGCACUGAAACUACAAAAUCAAACAGUGGUUUGAAUAAAAAUGCUCUCUUGGGAUUGGAGAAAAACACACCCAAAUCUGAGGAAGUUUAUGUACAUCUUAAAAGUAAGAUUACUGCUGCCAUGGAGCAGUCUAAAAAUGAACCAAUCAAAAAUAGCUCUGAGAUUGCAGCUAGUCAACUGACAUCCUCAUCAAAUGACAUUAAGUUUAAAAAUGGAAUUCCACCUACUAAACGACUAAUGGAACCAGCCAAAUCAGAUCUCACCUCAAACCUUCACACUAAUACAUUGAAUGUAGAUCCAGAGCAUCUUAUAAAUAGAACCCACAAACACAAUUCUGGGGUCAGUUCAGAUUCAGAGGUGUCAUCAACAGAAAAAAUCAACUCUGGACCAACAAAUGACGUGGCCACACAAAGAACCAGGGAGCCCGAAACACUAAAACCUUUUAAUAAUGAAGAUGUACCAGUGUUAAUAAACAAAAACAAUAUAACACAGGGAAAUGACUUGGCUAAGCAACAAAACAACACUUCACAAGUCAAGGCUGUAGAAAGGACCUCAGUAAACCAAAUGGUGGAGAGUCACUCAAAACCAGAAGCAGAUGAAGAAUCUCUAACACAAAUAGCUUCAGCUGAAGCAAAGGAAAGCUGUCGGCAAAAAGAAAUCCAUCAAGAUGAUGAAAAUACAAAGACUCCGUUCUCAUUUGACAAGAAUGAACUUCCAAGAAAUCAUCAGGGUAUCCCAAGUAUAAAAGAUGAUUCAGAAGUAGUAAAUAACUGUCAACAGAGAGAGAACAUAACAGAAAGAGCAAGCCCAAAACAAGAACAAGGAUUUCCCAGACUAUUAGAAAUAUCACAUGAGAAAAACAAUCCACAAAAGUCCACAAAAGAGUAUCAAGAAGUGGAUCUGACCAAUUCCAAACCCCAAAAAUCAUCUGAAGAUGCUCUAAAAGCAAAUGUUUCUCCCCAGCAUAAAGUCAUAGUAGAGGAGGAUGCAACUCAAAUAAAUAAUAUACAGCCUGUUUUAACACAGAAUGUAGAAUCCACAGCAGAUACGUCAAACAUCACCAUUCUUACACCAAGCAAUGAGGAGCCUGCAGAGGAACCCAUAAUUUACAGUAUUUGUGUCUCAAGCAAAACAGAAACAGUUUCAAAUGAUGAACCUAUGAUCUACACUAUUUGUGUCUCCAGUAAGUGUCCUAUUGAUGAGCAACAAAAUCCGGUAAAACGAGAAGAGGAGAGUUCUGUUGAAACUGACAGAUUUGUGAAGGAUGAAAGCUUUUGUAUUAAAAACAAGAGAGCAGAAAAUGAACAUGAUGAUGUUCACAGACAGACUGAAGUGUCUUCAAACACUGAAGAAAAAGAAGACAAGAAUGAAAAGUGUGACCCACAAACAACUACAGAUAAGUCCGACAUCACAGAAAGAAUCAGCACAUCAUAUGAGGACCUCUUAGCUAAAUAUGGGCUACCGGUCAGAGUUUGCAGUCAUCUCACAUCAAAACAUAUGCAGGAUGAGAGAGAACAAAAAGAAAAGGAGGAGAUUGAAACUCAUCUGCCGCACAAAUCAGUAGAUCAUGAAAUGAACAGACCUCUACCAUCCAAAGAAAAAAUCUCAGAUACAACACAAACACAUCCAGAAGACUCCAGACAGGUUUCUGAUGAUCAGCAAGCAUCCAUUACCAGUCAACCUUUAAAGGGGACUGAGUGUGAAAUCAAGCAAGUAAAAGUGCAACACUAUGAUACCAUAUCAAAAACUCAUUCCAACAACAUGGCUGAAAAGCAACAGAGUACAGGAAACAAUACACCAAAGCUUGGUAAUUCUACAAGAGAUGCCACCAUAAUACUCAAAGAUACAGAAAAUGCUGAACAAGAUCAAGAUACUCACAUUGAACCAUCAAGGCAAAGUAGGAGAAAUGAUAUUGAGUUGAAGGAAGAGAAAGUUGAGGAGCAAGUAAGAAACACUGAUAAAGUGAAAAGUCGGAAAAUGACAGGAAAUAUUGAUGUUGAAUCUAAUUCUAGAGAGUCCCCAAAGAAAACUGAAAAUGUAUCCCUGACAGCUACACAACCUACAACAACAGAUGAAUCAACAAGACCACUUGAAACUGAGGUUUUAAAGGCACCCAUUUCAUCCAUGGUGAGGGAUACAGUCAACACUAAUCUCACUGAACGUACAAUUCUUGAAAGGAUGAUACCCCAAUCUAAAAAGAAGUCUCAAAUGGAGGAAGGUGAAGACAAAUUGUUUACUGAUACUGAUACAUUUACAUAUCAAAAGAAUAAAAUACAUGGAACAGAAACAUUUAAAUUAAAAGUUGAUAAAACUGUACAUGAGGCAAAACAAAAGGAUCCUGUAAUGGCUAUGAAACAAGAAUCUGUCUCAGACAAACAUGCUCAAACUCUGCGAGAGAAUGUGAAGGAGGAUGACAAAGGAGGGGAGAAAAGGUCACAAGAGAAGUUACAAGUUGAACUUAACACGAGGAAUGAAAUGGAUUUAAAAGGCGGCGCUGCCACACAUGUUAAUAAUUAUAGGGAUAAAGUUUGCAGUAUUGGUGAGGAUGUGUGUACUGUUGUAAAACAAGACCAGGCCUGUUUUGAAGUCCCAAAAAUUCACUUAGAGGACAUAAAAGUGUCUACAGCGGAAGUAUCAUCAAACAAGGAAUUCAUGGCCGGCCACAAAAACCAACAUGAAGUGAUAAAGAAGGAAAAUCUGAAAGGAAAGAAAGGAGCUGUUGUGACUGAGCUUGUGGGUGAAAAAGAUUUUAGAGAGCAAAAGAACUUACCAGUGAAGACCCUUACAGACCAAAUUGAACCCGAAACUGUGGAUAAUAUCAAAGGGCACAUUGAAAUGGUAAAAAAAAAUACAUAUGAUUUUGGAAAAGAAAAUUCACCACUUCAGAAAGGCAAUCCAUUUAAAUUAGAAAAGACAGAAAUUAAUCCAAGACGAGGAGCAGUUGAGACUCAUGAAGUAAAAGUCUAUGAUAAUAAACAACCCACACUGAACAGUGACAAAAGAAAGAAAGAAGACCCUGUAUUAAGUCUGAGUGGACAAAAUGAUGGUGAUUUGAAAGUUAAUGAAAACAGAAGCAGAGGGAAUAAAGAAAGAAAUGUUGAAGUUACGGAGACAAAACAGGGUGAACAGAGUAAUACAAACCAGUCUCAGCCAGAAACAAAAGGAAGUGCAAGAUAUGAACAAGAGCAUGCUCAGUUAAGUCAACAAGAAACAAGAAAUGAAGGUAUAUUAUCCAAACCAGAAGCUACUCAGAGGAACAUGAAGGUGACUAUACCAGAAAUAUCAGCUAUCGCAGACUAUGCUAGACUGAAAGUUAUCUCUGCUGAAGAUGAUACGAAAGAGCUUGAUAUAUUCCCUAAAACAGACUUCUACAACAGUUAUGAUCAACCAGUUUUAAGAAUUCAGAAAGAUUUAUAUGGAAAUGUGUCAGAUGUAGGGGGAGAAUCUAAAAGAGAUGUCAUUUCAAUGGAGAAAUGUCAAAAUCUCAAGCAAAAAACAUCACAACUUAAAAAACAAACAGAUUAUGAGACACUAUCUCAAAACCAAAACCACUUGGUUCCCAGUACAGUUCAACUAAAACCUGUAUCACUGGUAGCUUCAGGUUCACAAAAUGAAGCUGCAUCAGUGGGCACCCAACCAAAGGCUCUAACCAAUCAAAAGGAAUCAAACGCUAAACCAACUUUCAUGGAGCAUCCAGCCAGAAGGGAAAGGGACAACAUUUAUCAGUCCAAGAAUCCCCAAGGUGUACCAUUGCAAGCCAACAGAACAAUAAGCAGACCAAGACAAAUGACUCAUGACAAAACAACUGAAGAAGGCAAUCUUUCUCAUUAUGGAAGACAAGAAUCUCUUGCAAACUUGUCCGCGUCUGGCACUGUAAAAGCAGCAGACAACCAAAUAAAUAUGGCAUCACCACCUGGAGAAGAAAUGGAAGAACUACAAUAUUACACAGUGAAUGCUCUUGACACUGAAACAAAGCCAAAAAACGCACCUGAACCACCUCCUCCAAUUCUCAAAAUGUCUCAAAACACAGACUCAACUGAAAAAUCAGAGGAAGACUCAUUUUUGCAAAGUCUAAUAGACUACGGUAAAGUUCAUGCGACAGGACCGCAAUCCAACUCUUCUUCUCCAGCCAUGGAGAAACCUGUCAUGUUCAGAGUGAAGGAUAAUACCAUCAGAACAUCUUCUGUGACCAAAACCGUCAAGCCUUGUUUUCACAGGUCAUUCUCUGAAGACUUCAGGAUUGGCUCCCCAAAGGAACACUUGAACUGUUCAGAGAAAGAAGAUGUAAUUCACCCCAUAGAGUCCGCUAACCCUCCAGUCAACCAUGAACCAGCUAUUGCUGCCCUUGGGCUCUAUAAAUUAAAAGAGACACUCCACAACAACUUGCCCUCAGCAGAAUAUGCAGCAAAACAAUCAAAGAGCCAUCAGAGAAGAAGCCAGCAUUUUGAGGAAGAAGAAACUCGUUCUGUCAUCAGCACAAUGUCAGGGGAUAUGGAGAACUGUACAGUGAGCCUCACAGAUGUGGCCAACAUAAGUCUGGCCUACAUGCCCAAGCAUGAAAGUUACAGAGACACCUACCAAAGGCCUGUGUCCGCCUACUAUGAAAGACCAGAGUCAUCCUGCUAUGAAAGACCAGAAUCAGCCUGUAGUGAUAUGAGGCCACUCGGUAGACCUCCAGUGGUGCCCCCAAAAUCUGAAAAAGCUCUUCGGCGUGCACAAAGACUUACAACAAGACGUAUGAAAAAGGCAGAGACGCCCAAGAUGGCACCUGAAAACCAAGACCAGCUAGAGUCCAAAUCAAUCAGAAACCUCUCUGGUGUGCCCUCUUCACCUUCGGACACACCGUCAACACAUCUAGAGGUACAAGCCUCACCUCCUCUUUCACAGUAUGACAUCCAACCAAAUCACAUCCCCACAGCACAAAGUAUAGUCACACAACCUUUCCCCGUGACACAGAGAAAACUUUUGCAAGACCCAAACUCAGGGCAGUACUUCAUGGUGGAUGUACCAUUACUGGUUAAGACAAAGACAUUUUAUGACCCAGAAACUGGAAAAUAUGUACAGCUAAAUGUCCGUCACAGGUCUCAGGGUGCUCUAACACAGCCAGGAUCGUUGGAGGUGUUGAACACUCCCUGCAUGCUAUAUCGUGGGCUUCUGCCAAUGGCUGCGUCUUCAUUAACACCCUUGAGGUCACCAUCUGAAAUGUCAGCACCAGCAGACAACCAGGAUAUGCUUGAGAGAGGUGGUGAACCAUGGAGUCAGAAUAGUCAUCUGCAGAAUAGCAAUAGAGAUUCACAGCAAUACCCUGAGCAAAACCACAAUCCCUCUUUGUUUGCAGAAAACAAUAUCAACAACAACGAAAGACUAACAGAUAUUAUAACUAUGAGUGAAUUAGAGGACUUUGCAAUGGAGAGCACAUGACGAGUAAAGUUAGUUGUUUAGAUAGGUAAAUACUGUUUGUACACAAAUCUAAAGCUAAAUGACUGUACAUCUAAGCUAUAUAAAUGUGACUUUUAAAUAUGUUAAAUUAGAUCUUAAAACUGUUUUGAUUUGUAUUUGAGGAUUGCUGUUAAACUGCGUUUUGUAGCUGAAGUUACCGUAAUCACGGUAGGCAGGGGUUCUUUAUCGUAAAAAAAAGUCAAGGGAAGAACUGUGAAGCAUUCCAAUUAAUUAUGUUGAAAAUAAUUUUGCAGUGUACUUGUUUUUAAUACCACAAAGACCAUACCCACAGAGCACACUGUACAUUUAAGGCAAGAAUAUUUCUAAUGUGACUUUUUAAGGCCUUACCCUUAGAGCCAGCCAGAAUAAAAAUCGUUUCCCUAUCAUAGGUCACUUCGAUGCUGCGGUGACGUCACCACGUAUGGGAACACCUCCGGUGUGACGAAUGUCUGAAGCCCUAUACCAUCCCGCCAAUCCUAUUGGCCAAAUGGCGCAUAGCACCACCCUACGCAUGCGCACGCAUGAUAUACCUGGGUGCAGCGCGCCAUUUCGCUCAGAUUUCAUUCCUUCAGGAAUAGCGAAUCUUCUGUGCCCUAUCAUCUCGCGUUCUCCAGCGAUUUUCUUCGAGCAGUGUUAACUCCUCUUUCGCGGACGCGAUGAGUCAACGAAAGGUAAGAGCCGUAUUGGGUUUAUCACAGGGAGGCACUCAUGAGAGAUUCGUUUGCAGCCUCUCUCAUGUUCUCUCUGUGAUAGCCUACGGCUAUGGUAAAAUAAGAAAAGUAUCCGCGCUCUGGAGUCUAUUUCUUCAGUCGCCUCGCGUCUAACCCCCACCGUUCGCUUCUGCGGUCGCCGAGGCCCCGCACGAGGUGUUGGUUAGGGGCGAUAUGUGCGGCUUGACUAUGAGUACAGUGAUGCACUGGAGUUUUCCACUUGCUCGCUCUCCCCUACUCGAGCGCGUUGAUCAGAGCAGUUUUGCUUUAUACUAUGUUGUCUAACCGCAGCUUCUACUCAGAGUAGGCUCUGACCUGCACAAGCGGUUCUCUCCCUCCGAGCGGACAGGAGAAACGCGCUUCCCCUUCCUCAGUGUGCUACAUGGCGGACUGCUAUUAUAUAGCGAUACCGUUUGACUACCUCUCUAGCCGAACGGAUCGCGCCAAACUCCGCCGCGACCUAGUCUCGUCUAGACGUAUCGAGUCGUGUCUAUUUCGGCAAAUUUUAUUCUCUUAUUACGGUUCUUUACGAGAAGCCUCUCGUUCUUUUCCCACACUCUAACAUUGACCGUCUCGCAGCACAAGCACUUCGAGCGUCACUGAACUGAGCUGUUAUUUGAGCGCCCCUCAGACACUGCACAAUUCAGUCUUCAGAGUUUGAGGAACGGCAUAGAGACUGGCGAAUUUGGCCAGUUUAUGACGGCUCACACAGCUGCCGCGUUCUCGCUAGCGGCGUGGCCCUAUGUUUAUCUUGUUGGAUUAAAUCCUGCCGUGGACACGCUUCAGGAUUAUACACAACGAAACACAGCGAGUUUGACGCAUGCAUUUCCUUCUAUGUUUGCUGGGGUCUGUGCCCUCCACUGAAGAGUGCUGUUGGACUGCUAAUGCACAUCCAACCCUCUCACUGCAGUCCCCACGCUCUAACAUUGACUGUCUCGCAGCACAAGCACUUCGAGCGUCACUGAACUGAGCUGUUAUUUGAGCGCCCCCUCAGACACUCUGCACUAUUCAGCCUUCAGAGUCUGAGGGACGCCACAAGAGGCUGGCAAAUAUGGCCAGUUUAUGACGGCUCACACGGCUGCCGCGUUCUCGCUAGCGGCAUGGCCUAAUGUUUUCUUGUUGGAUUAAAUCCUGCCGUGAACACGCUUCAGGAUUAUAUACAACGAAACGCAGCGAGUUUGACGCAUGCGCUUUACUUCAUGUUUGCCAGGGUCUGUGCCCUCCACUAGAGAGUGCUGUUGGACUGCUAAUGCACAUCCAACCCUUUCACUGCAGUCCCCACGCUCUAACAUUGACUGUCUCGCAGCAAAGGCACCUCGAGCAUCAUUGGAUUGAGCUAUCAUUUGAGCGCCCCCUCAGACACUCUGCACAAUCCAGCCUUCAGAGUCUGAGGGACGCCACGAGAGACUGGCGAAUAUGGCCAGUUAUGACGGCUUACACAGCUGCCGCGUUCUCGCCAGCGGCGUGGCCUAAUGUUAUCUUGUUGGAUUAAAUCCUGCCGUGAACACGCUUCAGGAUUAUACACAACGAAACGCGGCGAGUUUGACGCUUGCGCUUUCCUUCUAUGUUUGCCAGGGUCUGUGCCCUCCACUAGAGAGUGCUGUUGGACUGCUAAUGCACAUCCAACCCUCUCGCUGCAGUCCCCACGCUCUAACAUUGACUGUCUCGCAGCAAAGCCACCUCGAGCAUCAUUGGAUUGAGCUAUCAUUUGAGCGCCCCCUCAGACACUCUGCACAAUCCAGCCUUCAGAGUUUGAGGGACGGCACAAAAGGCUGGCAGAGAUGGCCAGUUUAUGACUGCUCAUACAGCCGCCACGUUCUCGCAAUGGCGACGUGGCCCGAUUUUUAUCUUGGUGAAUUUACUCCUGCCGUGGAUACGCUUCAGGAUUAUACACAACGAAACGCAGCGAGUUUACGCAUGCGCUUUACUUCAUGUUCGCCAGGGACUGUGCCCUCCACUAGAGAGUGCUGUUGGACCGCUAAUGCGCAUCCAACACUCUCACUGCAGUCCCUACGCUCUAACAUUGACUGUCUCGCAGCAAACAGCGCUUCGAGCAGCAUUGGAUCGGGCUGUAACGCCAGGCGUAAAUAAUAAAUAAUAAUCCCUCAGACACUGCGCAAUCCAGCUUCAGAUCUUGAGGGGCGAUUCAAGGGUCUUACACAGACGACCCGUUUAUGACGGCUCGCACAGCCGCCGUUUAGUUAGCGGCAGAGCCUGAUGUUCAAUUCGUUGGUCUAAUUCCUGCCGUGGACACGUUCAGGAAUAUACACAACGGGACGCAAUAGCUCUUAUGCAUACACUUCCCCUGUGCACGAAUGCCGCAGGCUUUUCCGUGCACGGACAUUAUGUGUAUGACAGCGUUGCAGAAAGCGGAAAUUUGAGACUGCUAGUAUCGUUUUGGGUCGCGUGGAACGCUUGCCCGGCAUUUCUCAAUGGGUGUUACGCACAAUUGUCACGGAUACACCAAUUCGUUUUUUAGAGGCCCGCCUCUUUCCGCUGAAUUCUUUCCACGGUGGUAGACUGAUGGUAAUAGCAGUGUUGUGACAGGAGAUGUCAACUCUGCUGAGCAAAGGGGCUAUAGAAGUCGUAGACCCCGUACUUCUCAAUGCAUGGAUGUAGCUCUGGCCCCGUUGCGGCUCCAGGGCGUCCGUCUGUUAACCACUUGGACGAUUGGCAGCGGCAUUCCCCGUAAUUUGUCUGGGGUUACUUCACAUGCGCCCUUUUCAGUGGAAAAGUGGGCGGAAAGACGAAAUAUUCCACCCCGUUGUCUUCCGCAUCCGACGAUUUCGGUGACACGGAGUUGUGUGAUGUCAUUAAAGCUAUGGAUGCCAACCGAGUUUCUCCUACCGGGGUUCGGCUGGGGAUUUGAGCUUUCCCAGAGACCGUCACGACGGAUGCGUCUUUGACCGGUUUGGGAGCUGUUUGUCAAGGGCUACCAGCCCAUGGAGUGUGGACAGCUGCACAACGCAGUUGGUAUAUAAACCGGUUGGAAUUACUGGCAGUUUUCUGGCUCUCCAGUAAUUCGCGAAUCUGCUGAUCGGCCGUCUUGUGCUGCUCAGAUCAGACAACACAGCGUUUGUCUCAUACCUGAAUCAUUAGGAAGGAUUACGCUCUCGCCCCCUGUGCAGGCUGGCGAGACAUGUUCUUCUCUGGUCUCAGAGAAAAUUUCUGUCGAUCCGAGUUGUUCAUGUCCCCGGACGUUUGAACUUCGGAGCAGAUAUGCUAUCCAGACGGGCUCUGGAACAGGGAGAAUGGAGAUUACACCUCUAGACGGUGAAUCUUUUAUGGCGGAUAUUCGGCAAGCGAAAGUGGAUUUAUUCGCGUCAAACAUGACUACGCAUUGCCCGCUAUGGUUCUCCCUAUGCCCCCAUCGCCCCUGGGCGUGGAUGCAUUAGCUCACAGCUGGCCCACGACCAGUCUGUAUGCUUUUCCUCCGAUUCGUUUGAUCCCAGCGGUAUUAUGCAGAAUACGGUGGGACAGAGUGGAUCAGCUGCUGCUGGUGGCUCCGCGAUGGCACACGCAGCCGUGGUUUGCGGAUCUGAUCAGUCUGCUAGCGGGCUCUCCUUGGAGAUUCCCCUCAGACAGGAUUUAUUAUCACAAGCACAGGGGCUGAUUUGGCACCCGAGGCCGGAUCUGUGGAAACUGUGGGCGUGGCCACUGAGCGGAGUGCAUUAGUAUGUCCCAGUCUUUCUGUUGAAACCACUGAGACUAUAUUGAAUUCUAGAGCAGCUUCUACGAGACGCUUAUAUGCUUUCAAGUGGAGACUGAUUACAGCCUGGUGUGGCAAUCGUAAUGUGGAUCCAGUUUACUGCCCAGUGGCUUCAGUGCUGGAGUUCCUCCAGGAUUGUUUUUCGAAUGGCAUAACACCAGCCACUUUUAGGUUUACGUGGCAGCCAUUUCAGCUUACCACGAAUACAUAGGCGGUGCCUCUAUGAGGCGUCAUCCACUAGUUUCUCGUUUCGUACAGCGUGCGCGACGGCUGAGGCCUUUCCGCCCUGUGCGAGUUCCUUCAUGGGGUUUAUCCAUUGUGUUGCUAGGUUUAUCAGGGCAUCCGUUUGAGCCCUUGGAGACCGUAUCGGAUAAAUUCUUGACACUGAAGACACUUCUUCUCAUGGCUUUAUCCUCCCUCAAGAGAGUUGGGGAUUUACAGGCUCUUUCUGUUUCACCCUCAUGCAUGGAUUUUGCACCGGGCUCUGUGAAGGUGCUGCUGCGGCCCAGGCCUAACCAUGUUCCUAAGGUCGCAUCUAACCUCUUUCGCUUUCAGCAAGUGUUCCUGGAAGCUUUUUCACCUGCUGAGGCUGGGUCAGGAGAUCUAAGUCUUUGCCCUGUGAGAGCUUUAAAGACUUAUGUGGAUCGUACAGCCCCUUGGCGUGAAUCUGACCAGCUGUUGUCUGUCUUGGACAUAAAAGUAAGGGCCAUGCGGUUCCAAAACAGCGCAUGUCCCAUUGGCUGGUGGAGGCAAUUUCUUUGGCCUAUGAGGCGCGCGGACUCGCUUCGCCCUUAGGAAUUAAGGCUCAUUCCACUUGAGCUGUGGCUUCUUCUCAAGCUUUUCUCAGUGGAUCUUCUAUGGAUGAUAUCUGUGCUGCGGCAGGAUGGUCCUCACCGAGCACUUUUAUCAAGUCCUACAGUCUGGAUGUGAGGAUGGCUCCUGGCUCCCGGGUUCUCUCCGCUUGAGCAGAUGCUUCCUCGGAUCUCAGUUAUCAGGUACGUCAGGCGUUUUGGUAUAUCGUUCCCAUACGUGGUGACGUCACCGCAGCAUCGAAGUGACCUAUGAUAGGGAACAUCUCGGUUACGUAUGUAACCUUGGUUCCCUGAAUAGGGAACGAGAUGCUGCGGUUCUGGCCGUUCCGUACCUUGAUAACUUCUUCAUCUUCAGUCAUGAAAUCUGAGCGAAAUGGCGCGCUGCACCCAGGUAUAUCAUGCGUGCGCAUGCGUAGGGUGGUGCUAUGCGCCAUUUGGCCAAUAGGAUUGGCGGGAUGGUAUAGGGCUUCAGACAUUCGUCACACCGGAGGUGUUCCCAUACGUGGUGACGUCACCGCAGCAUCUCGUUCCCUAUUCAGGGAACCAAGGUUACAUACGUAACCGAGAUGUUUUCCAAAUGGCUCACAAUAUGUAUGAAAAUUUCAUUUGUCAGGUUUAAAAGACAGAUAAUGGUACUUGCCAUAUUAAAACAACUUUUCCCUUUAUGUGCUUUGGCAGAUUAUAUAUUAAAAAGGGGUGGACUGUCUUUACCUUGCCAUGGUUGCUGAUGUAUGACUAUGAAAAUAUUGCCUUUAAACGACUACUUGCAAUGUACCACUUUUACAGACUUUCAGAAACUCAUUACAUCAUCAUUAAAGAAAAAUGUAAAAUAAAAA